UUCGAAAAGCAAAACAAAUAAAAACUCCACCCUCCUCCUCGGUUCCCUCGCCUCUCUACGGUCCCUGACUAGUUUGGUUGGUUAGUUAACCCUACCUCGCCGCCGGCCAUGGCGUCCGCGGGAGAUGGGUCCGCUUCGGAUCCUGCGGCGAAGGAAAAGCUCAUAGUCGUCCGGGUCAAGCGCAAACCUGCCCAGACCCGUCCAGACGCUUUCUGGCUAGAGAUUAACGAGAGGCCAGUGAAGAAGGCGAUGCUCGAUUUCUCCAGCCUUUCAAUCUCCGAACCCUCCUCUUCCUCCUCCAGUGCUAAAGCUUCGGAGGAACCACGAGUUAAGAAGCUUCUUGUCCAACACAUUGAGACAGUACACCAUUCUGAAGCUGUUGAAGAUGUUUUACACUCUCUUUUGCUUGCUGACUCAAAUAACAAAGAGACAAAGAGCAAGACAAAGGAGUGGAAUGACAGGAUCAAGCAAGACAGAAAACAAGACCAGCUACGAUCAGCAGCCAGACAGAGGCAUGAGGAUCUGGGGAGAAAUGCUCGCUUUGCACAAAUAUGGAGGAGUCGAAAAGGAGAAAAGAACGAAGCUGAUGAAUCACUGAGAGAAAUAUGUCAUCUUUAUGAUGCUGUACAGGUAGAUCCUGACGAGGAGAAGCAUCCGGCAGAACCACGGAUCACCUCUUUUGAAGAGGGUGCUGUUUUAUGCAACUUUCUUCCGCUUAUACGGGAGUACUUGCCAUCAGCUGCUGAAGAAAUUGAAUCAGAUAUUAUUUCACUGGCACAGUCGGAAGAUUCAGAGGUUUAUGACAUAUAUACUGUCAAGGAGGUGGAUGAUACAAGCAUGGAGGAUACAUCAGCAGCUUCAUAUCCACGUUUACAAGUUGACGAUGACCAAGGUGAAUGUUACGAUGAUGUCUAUCUGUAUGAUACAGAUGAUUCAAAUGCCGAAGAUAAUCCAUUGUUUGACUAUCCUGAAGAGCUGUCCGGGGAUGAGGAUGAUGGUAGCACCGGUGAGGAUCCUUUUGGAGGCAUGGAAGGUUCAGAUUCUGAGUACGAGAAGGAAGAAGUAGAGGUUGAAGGUGAUGAUUAGUGGCGAUAGGGAAUUGUGAAGAAAUGUGCAGUAGUAGGUGCAGGGGGAAGCUAGUGUGGUGCCUGAGCUAAAUGUGUAGUAUUGGUUGACUGUUGAGAGGAAUAGGUUCAGCAGAUUAACGGCCUUUCAGAUGCUCGUAAUGGAAGGUUACUUUGAGAAUUCGACUUGCUCAAUGCUGUAGAUGAUUUACUAUCAUUUUACAACAGUGCAUGAUAAGGUACUCUCUGCAUUGCGAGGAAGAAUCUAUUCUCGAUUUUCUC